GUUUCCAGUCCCACGUGCCGGCGCCUGGCAGUCCCAUGGCCGCGCCCCUGGCCGCGGUCGUGGAGCUGGGCUUCGCGGAGGAGGCGCCGCCGUGGCGCCUGCGGAGCGCGCUCUUCCCCAGCAAGGUGGGAGGGCGGCCUGCGUGGCUGGGCGAGGCGGGGCUGCCGGGGCCGGCGGCGCUCUCCUGCCCGCGCUGCGGACGCCCGCCCGCCUUCCUGCUGCAGCUGUACGCGCCGCUGCCCGGCCGCGCCGACGCCUUCCACCGCGGCCUCUUCCUCUUCUGCUGCCGCGACCCGUCCUGCUGCGCCGGCCUGCGCGUUUUUAGGAAUCAGCUACCCAGGAAAAAUGACUUUUAUUCCUAUGAACCACCUUCUGAAGAGCCUCCCCCAGACACGGGAGAAUCUGUGUGUCUCCAGCUCAAGUCUGGUGUUCAUCUCUGCCGGGUAUGCGGCUGCUUGGCCCCCAAGACAUGCUCCAGGUGCCACAGGGCGCGUUACUGCAGCAAGGAGCACCAGACCCUGGACUGGAGGUGGCACAGGCAGGCCUGUGCGCAGACAGGUGAUGUAGCUGAUACAAUUCCAGGCCACAACUUUCUCUUUCCAGAGUAUGAGAUUGUAAUAGAAACAGAAGAUGAGGCCCCUCCUGAGGUUUUGGAAGAGGAAGAUGACGUGGAGCCUGUUGGGAGCAUGGGUGAAGCACUUGAGGAAGAAUUGGAAUCCAUGGCAAAGCAUGAAUCCAGGGAAGAUAAAAUUUUCCAGAAGUUUAAAAUGCAAAUAGCCCUUGAACCUGACCAGAUUCUCAGGUAUGGCCGUGGGGCUGCCCCCAUCUGGAUUUCUGGCGAAAAUGUCCCUCAAGAGGAGGAUAUUCCAAAUUGUCCUUGCGGUGCCAAGAGAAUAUUCGAAUUCCAGGUCAUGCCACAGCUGCUAAACCUCCUCAAGGCGGACAGUCUGGGCAGGAGCAUAGACUGGGGCGUCCUGGCCAUCUUCACUUGCGCAGACAGCUGUGCACUGGGCACAAGCUACACGGAGGAGUUUGUGUGGAAGCAGGACGUGACGGACACAGCCUAGGACACUGUCUUGUCCCCCAAGAGUGGUGAGAACCACUCACACUUGCAGUUCACUUCGGGGACCCUGCUGAGGAGACACUUCCACCAGAAAGAGAGGCACAGGUUGCCUUAAGCACUGUUCGCGAUGUCUGAAUGUUAGUAAAACAGAAAUGCCUGGUCCCGGGGAUGAAGCAAACCUUGGUCUGUCUAUAUGUGGGAUGCCAAGCAGUCUCAGUGAGGCAGACCUGAAUUAUAGAUGGUUAUCUACAGCGUGGCCAUGUUUUUGCAAAAGUAUUAAUACAUCUGUAUGUGCAGAAAUGAACCUCGGAAGAUACACACCUGUUAUCUAUGAAUGUGGGAUUAAGUGGUCUUACAUGUGUAUUUCUAUAAUAAAAAUGGAUUAUAUGCAUAAUUUGGUCAAA